ACUGACCUACAAAUACAUUCCACAUAGGUACGGUACUCUGGAUUGGCUACUGCUGAGAGGAAUGUUUCGGCUGUCCAUACCUCAAAGCGGCCGUUCACAGAUUAGCUAAACAUUUUGUCAAGUCGCAGAAAGCAUUGCUCAAUAUUUCUGUGAGGGGCACGUGAAGUCGCAGGUUCAUCCUGCCAGUGGCAACAUGAAAAGGGCCUUUUCUCAGACAAAUUGUAACGAGGAAAGCUUAACUGGUUUAGUAGAAUUUGUGAGUCCAUAUAAAACCGUUAAAGGCGAACUUAGGUGACGUCCAGGACGGAAGCUAAAGUGUCCAAAGCGCAGAAACUUUGGUGCUUUUUGAAGUACCUCAUUUACUGUGGAAGCAAGACUGACUGACUGAAACAUUCUCGUUGGUGUCAAAUCGUUACACUUGUAUUUAUAUAUUAUAUAUUGCUGCUCAUAUCCACCUUUAGUUAUUCGACUAUUCCCAAUUUUCUUACAACCAACUACGAACUCUGAAAUGCGUUAUAGUGCCUGAAUCCCACCCCUUUCUUUAGUGUUUUCACUUGACUGCAAAAUUCUAAAUAUUUAAUUUAUUAUCACAAAACUUCGUUGUUUCCUUGGGCUUAAAUGCUUUUAAGUUUGCACUACUAAAGUGGUCUUUCACGCACUUUAUUGACUCCUUGUCCUUCAGCUGCUUCUGCUACAUUUCCAGUUUCUUAUCUCCUGCUAAGUCAAGCACCCUGGCUAAGAACUUCCUGUCCUCUCUGGAUUACAUAGGUAAAGACUCCUGGAUCACAUUCUGCCAAGUACGGACAAGUUAAUUUGAACCCGCUGUAACUGUCCUGGCUCUAACUGUUCUUGGCAGAGAUGGAGCCUGCAGUACGCAUGCUGCUGCUGCUGCUUUUUACAGUCUACAGUUCAGCCUUGGAAAAGUCACACUCUGUUCACAAAAGAAGCAUCCUUAACCUGGCUGGUGUUAUUCAAUGCAGAACAGGACACUCUGCAUUAGCAUAUGUAUCUUAUGGCUGUUACUGUGGUUUGGGAGGAAAUGGCUGGCCCAGAGACAAGAUAGACUGGUGCUGCCACAAGCAUGACUGCUGCUAUGACAGAGCUGAGUCCCUUGGCUGCAAGCCGAAGAGUAAAAGCUAUGCCUGGACCUGCAAGAAUAACAUUGCAAAGUGCACCUCAAUGAACAGCCUCUGUAAAAGGCUAAGCUGCAAAUGUGACACUGAACUCGCAAAAUGCUUCAGUCAAGCACCCUUCAGAAGAAAGUAUGUUUUUUGGCCGAAAAUCAUGUGUGGAGACGAUUUUCCAACAUGUAGUAUUUAUUAGGAAAAGAAAGAAAACAUUCUAGUGAUUUUUUUUUUUUACUGUGAAUCCCCAUUUCACACUAUGUAUAUUUGAAAAAGCAACAGAAUGACUUUAUAAUUGGAGAUACUGGAUGAUGGAAAAUAUCCACAAUUAGGACACUUCCUGCUGUUGUUACAAUAAAGUUGUUCUAGUGUUAUAAUAUGUAAAACCUUCCUACAAAUUAAUUUCAUUAACGCUCAUUUAGUAUUUUUUUCUGGUAUAUAUGCAUUUAUUGGAAUCUGAGUCAAAACUACAGUAGUUAAAACUCUCAUGAGAGGAGAGGAUUAACUAAGCUAUUUCUUUUUUUUCUCAAUUGUUUUUAUUGAAAAUUUUAAUAAACAAAAAAUUAAUAUAUAAGCUAACAUAA